AUGUCGCUCUUUAGAGGUGGGCAUCAAGUCUCCGAAGGGCUGCUCUAUGGCCCGCCCGGAACCGGAAAGACGCUUCUGGCACGGGCCAUGGCGCACAACAUGACGGCCAGUUUCAUCAAGGCCAGCCUUUGUCAGUGGUUCCCAUCCUUCCCAAGCAGGUCGAAAGUAGAAACUCUGCAUCAGGUUGUAGCAUCUGCAAUCGUGGACAAGUACAUCGGAGAGUCUGCCCGAAUCAUCCGUGAGAUGUUUGGCUAUGCAAAAGAGCAUCAGCCCUGUAUCAUUAUCAUGGAUGAGAUUGAUGCCAUCGGCGGGAAGCGUUUCUCUCAAGGCACGUCGGCUGACAGAGAGAUCCAGCGGACUUUGAUGGAGUUGCUGAAUCAUGGUCUGGACGAUUUGGGCCGCGUGAAGAUCAUCAUGGCCACAAAUCGGCCUGAUACCUUGGACCCUGCGCUGCUUCGGCCAGGGCGCUUGGACCGAAAGGACUGGUCAGCUAACAGGAAGGGCCCAGUACUUCUUCACCAGCCGUACUUCUCCGUUCCGAAGCAUGAAGUAGCAUGUGGUUUGGCGCUCUUGUGCCAGAUCGAGAUUCCGCUGCCGAACGAGCAAACCAGGAUCGAGGCGCGAGGUCCAGGAGUCAUCUCUGCACAGCUCGGGUUGCGGGAUCGCCAGGUGCUCAAGAUCCACGCCCACCCCAUCACAAAGCACGGGGAUAUCGACCACGAAGCCAUUUGCAAACUGACGGACAACUUCAACAACGCGGACAUGCGCAACAUUUGCACUGAGGCCGGAAUGUUUGCGAUCCGCGCCGAGAGGGACUAUGUCGUCGAGGAAGAUUUCAUGAAGGCAUCAAGAAACCUCGAUUGGAGUCUGUAA